AUGUCGUCCGACGCAACCGGGCGCAUGGUGUGCCACUACGAGCUACUGGGCCUGCAACUGGACGCAUCGGAAGCAGCCAUCAAGAAGGCGUAUCGGGCACUGGCUAGGGAGUGGCAUCCGGACAAGAACCUGCAUCGGGCGGAGGAGGCCCAUGCUUUCUUCCAGCGCAUCCAGGCGGCGUACGAGACGCUGUCGGAUCCCGACGAGCGAGCGUGGUACGAUGAGCAUCGCAUCUCCAUCCUCCAUGGGGGCGCUGGAUCGAGUGGCGGCGGCAAUGGCGACGGCGACGCUGUUCUCGUCAACGUCUGGCCCUUCUUCUCCUCCUCGUCAUAUUCGUCGUUUGAUGAUGCCGACGACGACUCGUUCUACGCUGUCAUGGGCGGGCUGUUUGAGGCGCUCAACCGCGAAGAGGUCGACCUUGCCGCGCCCGAUAUCAAGCCGCGGACCCGUCCGACGUUUGGUGGAUCGCAGGCGGCUCCCGAGACCGUCCGCGCCUUUUACUCGGCGUGGAACGCGUUCACCACCGCAAAGUCCUUUGCAUGGGUCGAUAUCUACGACCUGCGGACCGCGCCAAAUCGCCAGAUCAAGCGCGCUGCCAGGAAGAAGAACGACAAGGCCCGCAACAAGGCGCGAAUCGAGCACAACGAGCUCAUUCGCUCUCUGGUCAAGUCGGUCGCCCGCCGCGACCCGCGCAUGAUCGCCCUCGAGAAGGAACGUGCACGCCGUGCUGCACAAGAGGCCAAGACCAAGGCCGAGCGCAAGGCCUCCGCCCUUGCCCGCGCCAAAGCCAACGCUGAGACCCGCCGCGCUCAAGCCAAGGCUGCCCGCGAGGUUUGGGAGGCCCAAAUGAUGGAGGAGAUGGACUCGGACGAGUUUGCCGCCCUCUACGACGACAACUACUCCAUCUACGACCGCGUCGACACCUCGGCCAGCGCUUCGGUGGCUCCCAGCGCCGCAGCUGCCGCUACUGGCGCUAACUCUGCCUCGGGCGACGACGCGACCAUCGUCUACGAGUGCGAGCUCUGCUCCAAGAGCUUUGGCACCAUCGGCCAGCUCCGCAACCACAAUAACUCCAAGAAGCACAAGAAAAAGGCCGCCGCUGAGGCCCAACUCCGCGCCGCUGCCGCGGGCGCCGCCCUGGAGCAGGUCAUCGGCAACGGCGCCGAUGACCAGGUGCUCUCGGCUCCGGCCACACCGGUGGAAUCGCCGGCGGCCACGCCGCAGCCUGCGGCACAGCCGACGCAGCCGGCGCAGCCCCCUGCGCCGUCGAUCGCACCGGCCGACAUUGUCGACGCCGACGGCAGGCCGUGGUGCCCACUGUGCAAGACAAAGUUCAAGUCGCCGGGCCAGCUCUCGAACCACCUUAACUCGAAGAAGCACAAGCGCAAGGCAGCGCAGGUGCGUGAGGCCAUGCUCGCCGCCGACGCCGCUGAUGGCGCCGGCGCCGACACCGGGUUUGUGUACAUGGACACAGCGCGGAACGAGACCCACGUCCCGCACACGUCAUCGAGUGCGGCGCUGGAGCGCGCGACCGUGACCGAGGACCAGCCCGACCGAGCCGUGACCGAGAAGCGCCGGCCCCGCCGUCGCAAGAAGGGCAAGGGCGCUGCCGCGCAGUGGCAGUGCAGUGUGUGUCUCACCCAGUUCCCAACCCGCAACGCCAUGUUCAAGCACAUCAAUGCCGAGGGCCACGCGGCGGCGCGAUGA